AGAAACAACAGCGCAAGAGAAAUUCCCCUUGCGGGUUCCCUGAAAGUGCUUCCGUGUAAGGACCAAUUUACCUGUCUGAGGGGGUUUGGGGUCUGUGUGUGUGUGUGUCUUAUCAAUGUCCCCUCCGUUUAGAAUAGCCUAGAAUGGAAUAGAAUAGAAGCUUGCCAAUUUCUCUCUCCGGGACCGCAACUUUCGAUCGAGGACGAGGACCACUGCAUCUGAAGGAAGCAGUCACUCACUGGACUGGACAACCAAUCCAUCAACCCCGAAAUUUCAAGGGUUCCCUUCCAAAUCGACCAUCUCCCCCGUCUACAGAUUCCAAUGAUUCAUUCGGUUAACGCAGCUGGGCAGGAGUCGAAUCGAAUCCAUUGAGAGACCCGACCCCACGACGGAAAUGGACAAGGAGACGGAGCUGCUCCUGCGCCUGGCCGCGAACCACCUCCACCUCGCUCAGUUCGAGCCCUUCCGCGCUAUCCUCCUCACCCUCCGAGCCAAGAACCCCGACCUCGCCCGGACGGUCCUCCAGACAAUCGUCGCCAACUCUGGCCGGUUCGACGAGGUCCUUUGGUCGCGCUCCUGCUCUACCCCUUCCUUCCUCACGUACUUGUCCGCUCUCGAGCUGCUCCAGUUCGAUAAUGCCAGCUCGGCGUGGAGCUUUGACUCGGAAGCCUUGCGGCUGCGCGUCGAGUUCCUCCUGUACGUGCAAAUUUUGUUCGAUCGGGUGUUGGAGAGAGUCAAGAAGGGGCCGAGCGAGGAUUCCGGGGAUGUAAAUAAUGAGCUGAGGGGUUGCGCGAGUGCUCUCGGCAAGGCGUUGGAAUUGGGGGUGAGGAGGUUGAAGGCAGAUGUAACAGAGGGUGGCGGUGAUGUAGAUAGGGCGAGUUCUAGUGUGGUGUCCGUGGAGGAAUCGGAGUUGACGUAUUUGAGGGUGGUGGUUUGGGAAUUCGCCGAUAUCUUCGACUCCUUGUGUUGGAGUGUGAAGCAGCAAUUGCAGGGGUGGGCUGUUGAUGAUUCGGGGCUAGCCCUGAUGGUGCAUAGGGAUGAAAAUGUGAGUAGGGACUACUUGCAGGAGGAGGAGGAUGUAAAGGUUAUGGGGUUCAUGCUGAAGAGAGUUCAGUUAUCCCAUUUGGAUGCGAUCAAGGAGUGUGUGGGGCAAGGUGACGAGGAAGGAGCAAUUAGCCGUCUUAAAUUUCUCCACCUCAACUAUAAUGUCGAGGAUGAACAAUACCGCACGGUCUUCCGAGAUCUCGUCAAGAUGAUUUUAUCAGGCAAGGAGGGUUUUGGAGACUCGUGGCAUGCUGUGCGAGAAAAAUUGUUUUGGAUGUACAGAGAAGCUCUUUCACCUGAUUCCACACGUCUCGUCCAAAUGAUUGAGCUUAUUCAGGAUGAACUGCUCUUGGAGGACAUUGAGAAGUGCAGAGCUCUCAAUAAUAAGGAGAUUCCACCACCACUUGAUGCUUUCCAGAAACUUCUUUUUGAAUCAGAGCCGGGGACUGAGUCGACUUCAAAGAUGUUGCUCACAAAGACGACAGUUAACGCUUGCAUGAGGGACAUGUACCAUUAUGCUCGAGUUUGUAGAUCUCACAUGCUGGAAUGUAACAUGGAUGCAGCAUUGUCGGCUGUAAAGAAGCAAGACAUUGAAGAAGCUAGCAAUGUUAUCGUGUUAUUUCCUCGACUUCAACCCCUAGUAGCUGCUAUGGGUUGGGAUCUGUUGCAUGGCAAUACGAAAGGACGCCGGAAAUUGAUGCAGCUAUUGUGGACAAGUAAGUCUCAAGUGAUUCGUCUGGAAGAAUCAUCUCUUUAUGGCAAUCAGUCUGAUGAGAUAUCUUGUGUGGAGCAUCUUUGUGAUUCUCUGUGCUAUCAGCUGGAUCUGGCCUCCUUUGUUGCUUGUGCGAAUUCUGGGCGAUCAUGGGACUCAAAGUCGUCGUUACUGUUGUCUGUUAAAGAACAGAUAUCAUUCACGGAUGAAGAUUCCUGUAUGGAUCCCUUUGUCGAGAACUUUGUGCUGGAAAGACUCUCUGUUCAAAGUCCUCUUAGGGUAUUAUUUGAUGUUGUUCCAGGCAUAAAAUUUCAAGAUGCUAUCAAAUUGAUCAGCAUGCAGCCAAUUGCUUCAAACAUAGCUGCCUGGAAGAGGAUGCAAGAUAUUGAGCUUAUGCAUAUGAGAUAUGCUCUAGAAUCCACAGUCCUUGCUCUUGGAGCUAUGGAAAAGAGCUCGCACGAUGGAAAAGAAAGCCACCAACAAGAAGCUGUUUGUCACUUGAAAGAUUUGCGGAAUCACCUGGAGGCAAUCAAUGAUGUUCCUCGCAAGAUAUUUAUGGUGAAUGUCAUCAUCUCACUUCUGCAUAUAGAUGAUCUGCCUCUUGAUUUGACCCAUUGUUCCUCCCCAAAAAGUCAUACUGGAUCAUCUACCACUUGCGUUUGGGAACACACUGAUCUUAAUGUUGGUGAGGGGGGAAAUCGAGUGGUUAUAUCAUUUACGGGGUUGUUACUUGAUACAUUGCGCCGCAAUCUACCAUCAACGGUAUCUGAUCAAGAACAUGCUCCAAAUGGUAGUAAAAGCCCCACUGCAAGACAGGCCUUAGAGUGGAGAAUUUCAGCGGUUAAGCGCUUUAUUGAAGAUUGGGAUUGGCGGUUGUCUAUUUUGCAGCGUCUUCUACCACUAUAUGGGCGCCAAUGGAAAUGGAAGGAGGCACUGACGGUGCUACGGGCAGCACCGUCUAAGCUACUUAACCUUUGCAUGCAAAGGGCAAAGUAUGACCUUGGAGAAGAAGCAGUAGAUAGGUUUGCAUUAUCUGCAGAAGAUAAAGCUACCCUAGAGCUAACUGAAUGGGUAGAUCGCACCUGUGGGAGAGCAUCUGUAGAAGAUGUUGUUUCUCGCGCCGCCGACGGUACAUGCAUACAGGAUCUGGAUUUUGCAUCGCUGCGUUCCAAGCUAGGUCCACUUGCUGCUAUUCUUUUAUGCAUCGAUGUUGCUGCAACAUCAGCAAAAUCUGCAAAAAUGUGCCAGCAGCUCCUGAAUCAGGCUCAAGCAGUUUUAUCAGAGAUAUAUCCUGGAGGGUCUCCAAAAGCAGGCUCCACCUAUUGGGACCAAAUUCAUGAAGUGGGACUUAUUUCCAUCUCUCGUCGUGUGCUUAAGCGCUUCCUUGAGUUCUUGGAAGAGGAUAAUCGUCCUGCUCUUCACACCAUUUUGUCUGGGGAAACUGUAUUCUCAUCCUCAAAGGAGUCUCAGAGGCAAGGACAAAGGGAGCGAGCUCUUGCCUUGCUACAUCAGAUGAUAGAUGAUGCUCACAAGGGCAAGCGGCAAUUUCUGAGUGGUAAACUUCACAAUUUGGCGAGAGCUAUCACUGAUGAAGAAACUGAACAUGAUUCAAGCAGAGGAGAUGGCAUAUAUUCGGAUCACAAAGGUUUUAUGCAAGAUACAGAUCGAGUUUUUGGGCUUGGAUUAAGAGCUGUCAAACAGAUAUUGAGUUCAGGGUCUGGAGAAAAUACUUCGCAGCCUAUUGAUUAUGAUGUGAAAGAGACUGGAAAGAGAUAUUUCGGUCCAUUAACUUCAAAGCCAACUACAUACUUAUCACAGUUUAUCCUGCAUAUAGCUGCCAUUGGUGAUAUAGUUGAUGGAACGGACACAACCCAUGAUUUCAACUUCUUCUCUGUCGUGUAUGAAUGGCCCAAAGAUCUCUUGACGCGUUUAGUUUUUGAUCGAGGUAAUACUGAUGCAGCUGGAAAGGUUGCAGAGAUAAUGCAUGCUGAUUUUGUUCAUGAAGUUAUAUCUGCAUGCGUGCCACCAGUUUAUCCUCCACAUUCUGGUCGUGGAUGGGCAUGUAUUCCAGUGAUUCCUGGCUCUUCCAAGAGUCGCUUGGAAAAUAAAGUACUUAGUCCCUCCAAAGAAGCUAAACCUAGCUCCUAUGGUUCCUCUUCAACUCCUGCUGUUCCACUCUACCCCCUUGAGUUGGAUGUUGUGAAACAUUUGGUGAAGAUAUCACCAGUGAGGGCUAUCUUAGCAUGUGUCUUUGGCAGCAGUAUAUUAUGUGGUGGAAGUGAUUCUUCCAUUUCCAGUUCGUUGGACAAUGGGUUACUGCAGUCUCCUGAUGCUGAUCAUAUGUUUUAUGAGUUUGUUCUUGAUCAGUCUGAGAGGUUUCCAACCUUAAACCGGUGGAUCCAAACACAGACUAACCUUCAUCGAGUUUCAGAGUUUGCUGUAAUGUCUUCUCAAACAGCUGAAGAUAGCAGAGUUGAACGUGAAACCAGAACUGCAAUCAAGAGACUGCGUGAGCAUGACAGUGAUACUGAGUCAGAACUUGAUGAUACUACUGCUGCUGGCAAUGUCUCGGCUACUUCAGUAGAUCUUCAUAGUGAAGUUGUCGAACAUUGUGACGGCGCUCUAAAGUCUGAAUUUGCUGACUUGGGUCCCACAGCUUUCCUUUCUUUUGACUGGGAGAAUGAAGAACCUUAUGAGAGAGCAGUUGACAGAUUGAUUGAUGAAGGCAAGUUAAUGGAUGCUCUUGCACUUUCGGAUCGCUUCCUUCGUAAUGGGGCCUCAGACCGUUUACUUCAGUUACUAAUUGAACGUGGGGAGGAAAAUCAAUCAGCAUCUAGUCAAGCUCAAAGCUAUGGAAGCCAUAGCAUUUGGAGUAACAGUUGGCAAUAUUGCUUGCGGUUGAAGGAUAAGCAGUUGGCUGCUAGACUUACACUCAGGUACAUUCAUCGCUGGGAGCUUGAUGCUGCUUUGGAUGUUCUCACCAUGUGCAGUUGUCAUCUGCCUCAAACUGAUCCAGUCAGGAAUGAGAUUUUGCAUAUGAGACAAGCUCUGCAGAGGUACAGUCACAUACUGAGUGCAGAUGAUCACUAUAGCAGCUGGCAGCAGGUUGAAGCAGCAUGUAAAGCAGAUCCAGAGGGCUUGGCGCUUAGAUUGGCUGAGAAGGGAGCUGUUUCUGCUGCUUUAGAAGUGGCUGAAAGUGCACGGUUAUCUAUAGAUCUGCGGAGAGAGCUCCAGGGUCAGCAACUUGUGAAGCUUCUUACUGCUGACCCUCUGAGUGGUGGAGGUCCAGCGGAAGCUUCGCGCUUUCUUUCUUCACUACGUGAUUCUAAGGAUGCUUUACCUGUUGCCAUGGGUGCAAUGCAGCUGUUACCCAACUUGCGGUCCAAGCAGCUUCUUGUUCACUUCUUUCUCAAGCGCAAAGAUGGGAAUCUAUCGGAUGUUGAGGUUUCAAGGCUUAACUCGUGGGCCUUGGGUCUUCGUGUUUUAGCUGCCUUACCGUUGCCAUGGCAGCAGAGAUGCUCCUCACUGCAUGAGCAUCCCCAUCUGAUAAUUGAAGUUCUUUUAAUGGGGAAGCAACUCCAGUCUGCCUCACUGAUCCUCAAGGAAUUUCCUUCACUGAGAGACAAUGCCAUUUUUGUUGCAUAUGCUGCUAAAGCUGUUGCUGUUAACAUCAGUUCUCCCUCCAGGGAAGUUUGUACUUCUGUAGCUAGCACAAGGCCAAGGCCAAGGCCAAAAAUGAAAUCUGGUGGUUUGGCAAAGUCAUCUUUUUCUAGCAGUUUAAGUAGCUUGCAAAAGGAGGCUCGCCGAGCUUUUUCUUGGGGCCCUCGAAAUGGGGGGGAGAAGGGUGUCCCAAAAGAUAAUCAGCGGAAGAGAAAGAAUUCUGGAAUAUCUCCAUCUGAGAAAGUUGCUUGGGAAGCAAUGACGGGUAUACAGGAAGAUUCUAUGGCACCUUUUUCUACUGAUGGGCAAGACCGGCUUCCACCUGUUUCAAUAGCUGAUGAAUGGAUGCUUACUGGCGAUCCAAUCAAGGAUGAGGCUAUUAGGUCCUCACAUCGAUAUCAAACAGCCCCAGACAUUACUCUAUUUAAGGCACUGCUUUCUUUGUGUUCUGAUGAAAUGGUUUCUGCCAAAAGUGCUAUGGACUUGUGUGUUAACCAGAUGAAGAAUGUUCUGAGCUCCCAACAGGUGCCGGAGAGUUCAUCCAUGGAAAUGAUUGGACGGGCAUAUCGUGCGACAGAGACAUUUGUGCAGGGUUUAUUUUAUGCCAAAUCCCUUCUAAGAAAACUCAGUGGUGCAGCAGAAUUGCCUAUUUCUUCUGAAAGAAACAGGGAUACUGAUGAUACAUCGUCUGAUGCUGGUAGCUCAAGUGUGGGUAGUCAGUCCACAGAUGAGCUCUCUGAGCUCCUGAUGCAAGCAGAUGUGUGGUUAGGCCGGGCAGAGCUGCUUCAGAGCCUCCUAGGUUCUGGAAUUGCGGUUUCUGUUGAUGAUAUUGCAGACAAAGAGUCUUCUGGGCGGCUUCGUGACAGGUUGACUGCAGAUGAACGCUACAGUAUGGCCGUUUAUACUUGCAAGAAGUGCAAGAUAGAUGUUUUUCCUGUUUGGAAUGCUUGGGGACAUGCUUUGCUUAAAAUGGAGCGGUAUGCACAAGCUCGAGUGAAGUUCAAGCAAGCUCUUCAAUUGUUCAAGGCUGAUCCUGCUCCAGUCAUUCUAGAGAUAAUUAAUACUAUUGAAGGGAGUCCACCGGUUGAUGUUUCAGCAGUUCAAUCUAUGUAUGAACAUUUGGCUAAAAGUGCACCAGCAAUUAUGGACGAUUCACUUUCUGCUGAUUCAUAUCUAAAUGUACUAUACAUGCCAACUACAUUUCCACGUUCCGAGGGCUCUAGGCGGUCACUUCCAUUUUCAGAUAAUUCUGCUCGAAGUGUGGAUUAUGAUGAUGGACCUCGCAGUAACUUAGAUAGCAUUCAAUACCUUGAAUGUGUUACCUAUCUGCAAGAUUAUUCUCGGCAACAUCUACUUGCCUUUAUGUUUAGGCAUGGUCAUUAUAAGGAUGCAUGCAUAUUAUUUUUCCCACCAAAUGCUGUCCCUCCACCUCCUCAACCAUCAGCUUACGGAGUUGCCGCUUCUUCCUCUUCAUCUCCCCAAAGGCUGGAUCCUUUGGCAACUGAUUAUGGGACAAUAGACGACUUGUGUGACCUUUGUAUUGGUUAUGGAGCCAUGUUUGUGCUCGAAGAAGUGAUUGCAAGUAGAAUAUCAUCUGCAAACCCACAGGAUACAGCAGUGAAUCAGCAUUCAAUGGCAGCUAUUGCCCGAAUAUGCAGUUACUGUGAGACUCAUAAACAUUUCAACUAUCUGUACAAGUUUCAGGUUAUUAAGAAGGACCACGUGGCUGCUGGUUUGUGCUGCAUUCAGUUAUUCAUGAAUUCCGCAACUCAAGAGGAAGCUAUAAAACAUUUAGAACAUGCAAAGAUCCAUUUUGAUGAAGGCCUAUCUGCACGAUGCAAAGGUGGCGAAUCCACUAAGCUUGUUACGAAGGGUCUUAGAGGAAAGAGUGCUUCUGAGAAGCUUACUGAAGAAGGACUUGUCAAGUUCUCUGCUCGCGUUGCCAUUCAAAUGGAUGUUGUGAAAUCAUUUAAUGAUUCAGAAGGGCCUCAGUGGAAACAUUCACUUUUUGGAAAUCCAAAUGACCCUGAAACAUUCAGGAGAAGAUGUGAGAUUGCAGAGACUCUGGCAGAAAAGAACUUUGACCUGGCCUUUCAAGUGAUAUAUGAAUUCAAUCUUCCUGCGGUCGAUAUAUAUGCUGGGGUAGCUGCAUCACUUGCUGAGAGGAAAAAGGGGGGACAAUUGACAGAAUUCUUGAGAAACAUCAAAGGGACUAUUGAUGAUGAGGAUUGGGAUCAGGUGUUGGGGGCUGCAAUCAAUGUAUAUGCUAACAAGCACAAGGAACGGCCUGACCGUCUUAUAGACAUGCUAACCAGCAGCCACAGGAAGGUGCUCGCUUGUGUGGUUUGCGGUCGUCUCAAGAGCGCUUUCCAAAUUGCUUCACGGAGUGGGAGUGUUGCUGACGUGCAGUACGUGGCACAUCAGGCGUUACAUGCAAAUGCACUCCCAGUGCUGGAUAUGUGUAAGCAAUGGUUGGCCCAAUACAUGUAAUUCCGAUUUGCUGCUGAUGGAAGAUAACAUUAGGGUUCAACCCGUGAAUUACGUGAUUAAUUUUGUCUGACCCUUUUCCAAGAAGGGGAGAACAAGUUUGAGACGCCUCAGCUUUGGGAUGAGCAGUGUGAUUAUGGCUUGCCAGAGCAGAUUCUGGCUGUAUAGUCACUGUGCAUACUGCUGCCAAUCUUUCCCUGUUUUUGUAAGGAAAGAUUUUUGUUGUUUUUAUCGUUUUCGAGAUGUAAAGGUAAUGUUUUGGAUGUAGAAUAUUUCUGUCAUAUUCGGCGGCAUGUUCUCGGCGUUGGUGGAGUCUCACCCCCGGGGAAGACAGUUUUGUAGUACUUUGGGAUGCAGGUAACUUCUUUGAUGUGGUGAUACGAUUCAUUGAUUGGAAUAAAUGAGAUUUGCCUUUUCAAAAA